CUCUCAAAUAGAUAAACAGAGCCUGAUGGUAAUUUGGUUUGAGGAGAGAGACAGUGCAAGUCCAGACAAGAAAAUCUGAGAACAGCAGUUUUCAGACCUUUUCACCUCCAUUAAUGGAGGGAAGGAAGUUUGUAUAAACUCUCUCUCUCAUAUCACCACCUUCUACUACACUUCUGCCGCCUUUUCCAGAUCAACCCUUUUCUUCCAAUUAAGUUUCGACUCAAACCCCCAAAAGUUUCUUCAAUUCCUUCUCAAUCCUCAGUCUCUGUGUUCCUCCUCUGUUUCUGGUUAUGGAGGAAAAGGAGAGCACCUUUUCUGGGUCACCCGGCAACUCGGAGACCGAGUCACCCCCAGUGACUCAGAAGGUGAGUAUGCCCAUGGCAGCCAUGGCGGCCGUGGAUGCCACCGUGAGCUCGGAGGAGAAUUACAACAACACCCCUGUUUCGGAAACAACCCAAGCCACAGAAGUUGCAGCAGCAGCAAGUGUUGGGCGUGGUGAUUUGUCUGGGAAGAAGAAGAGAGGGAGGCCCAGAAAGUAUGAUGCAGAUGGGAAUUUGAGGCCGGGGUAUAAUAGUAAUAAUAAAAGCAAUAAGGGUGGCGCUGUCCCACCGCCUCCGCCGGGGUUUUAUCUUUCAUACCCCCUGUCGUCUGAGUUUUCAUCUUCUUCCAAAAGAGGAAGGGGGAAGCCUUCUGGAUCCGGCAACUGGCAGAUUCUUGCUUCUUUGGGAGGGUUGUUUGCAAACACAGCUGGUGGGGACUUCACACCACAUGUGGUUAAUGUUAGCACUGGGGAGGAUGUUGCAAGCAAAAUAUUUUCAAUUUCUCACAAGGGUCGAGGCGUUUGCGUUCUCUCAGCAAAUGGAGCUGUUUCUAAUGUUACCAUUCGCCAACCGGGUUCUUCUGGCGGCAUUCUCACAUAUGAGGGACGCUUUGAGUUACUGUCUUUAUCUGGGUCAUUUACCGUCACUGAGAUUGGUGGUGUAAGAAGUAGAACUGGUGGCUUGAGCGUCUCGUUGGCAGGCCCAGACGGUCGCGUAAUAGGUGGUGGCAUUGCCGGUGUGCUAACUGCUGCGAGCCCUAUCCAAAUUGUGGUUGGAAGCUUCAUGCCAAAUGGAUACAAGGCACAUAAGGUCAGGAAGCAUUAUCGUGAGAAUACAGUAGGUUCCCCAAUCUCAAGUGCUCCAGAUACAGUCACUGCAGCAACUCCCAUCUCUCAAGCACAACCUGAAACUGAAUCCAGACUGAAUGCAAUAUCCCCUUUACCGGCAAAUAGCCACGGAGGGGAAGCAAAUAAAAGCAUGAUCCAAAUGCACGGCACCAGUGUUAUAUCCACUAAUGCUGGUUGGAAUGGUGCGGAUCUCAAGUCAGAACACAGGCCAUCCCCAGACAUUAAUGUAUCCGUUCCUGGUGUAUCUGUAACUGGUGCUUAGAAUAAGGUGCGUAUCAUAUGUAUGCUGCAGUGUGACGAAGCUUCACCACAGACGUACUUAGAGGAAGACGCAGCAGGGCAUACAUCAAACUAAUCAAUUUUUUAUUAUUUAUUAUUGCUGUUGUAACAUGGAGAUUUUAGUGAGCGAUUGUAGGAAAAUUAAUAGACAUUUGCAACAUUUGUUUUAGCUUGACAUGCUUGCUUUAUAAGCAACAAUUAUUGAUUAAAUACUCUCUGAUGAUGGUUAUCACU